AUUGAAAACCAGGUAGCAUACAAACACUACAUCCGAGCCCUCUCCCACUGGCCAAAGGAUGCUCUUCGACCCGACUGCCAGUUCCAAGAUGUUAUACGGCGGCGCGUAGACAAGCGCUUCUUCCCUGUGGAGGGACAAAAGCCUGCGGAUGAGAAGGCCGAGUUGGAGCAAGUCAAUGCUUUGUAUUCGUUGCUGGGAAAUCGAUAUGUUCAAAAAUAUCGAAUCACUGGAGACUUGAUGAAGCCGCAGAGUAAUCCAACACAUUAUACCGACCUGAUUCAUGAGUUGGAUGCCGUGCCGAACAGGACGUGGUGGGGAAAUAUGACAAACAGAUGGAAGGGCUUUUUACGAUUCAAAUGA